AUGCCCAGAUUAGUUAAAUCCCUUAGUGAAAAGAUUUUGGAAAGAACUAAAUCUGCUAUUCAAAGUAGUAUUACAAAAGAUUCCUUAACCUCAACAGGUAGUAACUUAAUUCCUCAUUUCAAAGUCGGUGGCAAAGAAUUAUUCUUUCCUAAAGCACGUAUCAUCUUAUUGCGACCCAAUGCUAAACACACGCCAUAUCAAGCCAAAUUUAUUGUUCCUAAAUCCUUUAAUAAAUUAGACCUACGUGACUAUUUGUUCAAUGUAUAUGGGUUAAGAGCAUUGAAUAUCACUACUCAAUUGUUACAUGGUAAAUAUAUGAGAGUAUCACCAUUUGCUGGAAGAUACAGAGGUCCUCAAAUCAAGAAAAUGACUAUUGAGAUGGAAGAACCGUUUAUAUGGCCAUCUGAACCAUCUAUCGGCGAAAAUGACCAUUGGAAUAAGUCAUUUAUUGAAAAAAUGAAUAAGUUUAGUGAAGCUCAAGAAGAAAAAAAUGUUGGGUCGAACAAAUAUAAACCGGAUACUAUAUUCUCUGGCCUAAUGUUGGAUGGACAGUACGGGUACGGUGCACGUCCAUUUAUAAGUCAUCGGAUGGAGAGUAAGAUGCAAAAUGUAAAGAGGAAAUCUGAAAAGAAAAGGGAGUUUUUAGAAAAUGUUGCGAAAAUAGAUGAAUAUUUAAAAAGAGAAACAAAUACAAACCUAUAA